AAGUAAAAGUUGUCAGUAAACUACUGCGUGGCAGCGCAGAUGUGCUUUCUAGUUUAGGGGUCAAUUCAAAUUUUUGAACAUAUCUAUUAUUCGUACAGACAAAUCUGAUUUCCUGGAAUAAAACCAUGAAUAAGUAUUGUGUUCAAUAUAAUUCUUCCAUUUAGUAAAUUAGUGAAUACGAUUAUUCCUUUUAUUAGUAGAAAAAAAGACAAAUAUGUUUUCCUGGAGUGUUUCCUUCGUUACAAUAUUUUUCUGCAUUUUAUGUCUUUUUAUUGAGACUGACACCCAAGAAACUACUGUACCAUGGUAUGAAAACUUACCCGCAGUUGCUAUGGAUUAUAAGGUUCACAUUGAUCCAGGCAAAGAGGAUUGUUAUUAUCAAUAUGUUAAUCCAGGAGCUGCCUUUUACGUCAGUUUCCAAGUUGUUCGGGGAGGUGAUGGAAUGGCUGGUUUUGCAGUGCGAAAUGCCAUUGGUCAAAUUGUACAUCCUUAUCAGUGGAAACCCAACAGUGAAUACCAAGAAGAAAAAUCUGAAGGUGGAUAUUACUCCGUUUGUAUCGAUAAUCAAUUCUCUAGGUUUGCUGGUAAAUUAGUCAAUAUAUACAUGACAGUAGUUAGAUACAAUCUCUGGGAACAGUACACGAAGGAAGUUGAAGAACUUAAUGUGAACAUGGAAAAUUUCACGAACACUAUUGUAACUGUUGAGAAAAACAUAAAUGACAUGCUCCAGUUUCAACAUCAUAGUAGAGGAAGAGAACAGUGGGAUCACAAUAUCCUUAAGGCCAACAAUUCUUAUGUUGUGGCUUGGUCUGUUAUACAAAUAGUUGCUAUUCUUAUAGCAUCGUCUCUUCAAGUUUAUUUCGUCAGAAAAUUAUUUGAUAUUCGAGUUGGUGGUGGAAAAAUGGGAAUAUAGUGCUCUCUGAAUAAAUUAGGUUUUCAUUUUUCCACAAACAAUUUAAGAAUAGCAGCAAACCCAGGAAUUGUCUAAUUCAUUUUAAAUAUCAAACAAAUAUUUAAUUUUGUAAAUAUUUCUUGUGGUAUUUGUGCAAUAUUUGUAUCAAAAAAUGAGGUAUGACCGGAUGAUGACAGAUUCUGUCGUAUUAAGAAUUACUCUACAUACUUAUGAAAAAUUAAAAGAUUUUAUAUAUAUCCAAUUCAACUCCUAUAUAUAAGUAAAUUAGAUAUGUAAUGUACAGUUUUUGUGAGAUUAAUAUUUUUUAAAACGCAUUUACUACCGCAUAUUUAUUGAAAGACAUUUGUGCAUUUAUUCUAUGCCUUUUAUAUUCCAUGUUGUUUAAAAAACUGCUUAAGGACAAUAAAAUAUUUAUUUGUAUGUUAA